AGAUCUAGACUUCAAUAUCUUGGGUUUAGGAUGUACUUUGAUGUGAUUUGUGCUGUUCUAGAAGACUAUAACUUAUUUGGGAAAAUAAACAAUCUGUCUCAUUGUUUGUUUUAGAGGACAUUACUGAAGGUUUACUAUUAAUACUUAGAGAACUAAUAGAAAAUUAGUUUUUCUUACUGUUAGUUAGAUUACUACAUAGCUGCGAAAGAAAUUUGAUUUGCUGGAUUUGCAUUUUUGCAGAGUGAAGAUUUCAGAUAACUCAGAAGUGAGGACUGGUAGGAUUGCUUUGCUCUUUGGCCUGGUGUAUAUUAUCUGGUUUUUCCUUUAUGUAAGAGAAACUAGAGGUUUAGAUAAUCCAUGGACUGCAACAAAGAGGAGGCAAUCAGGGCAAUGCAGCUGUCAGAAGAAAAGUUGCAGAAUAAGGAUUUUGCAGGAGCAAAGAAGAUGGCACAAACAGCUCAGCGCCUCUUCCCUGAGCUUCAGAACAUUUCUCAGUUACUAACAGCCUGUGAGGUUCACUGUUCAGCUGAAAACAAGAUAGGUGGAUCUGAAAUGGACUGGUAUGGGGUUCUUCAGAUUCAGCAAUUUGAUAAUGAUGAAAGCGUAAAGAAGCAAUUCAGAAAACUAGCUCUAUUACUUCAUCCUGAUAAGAAUAAAUUUGUUGGUGCUGAGGCUGCUUUUAAGCUGAUAGUGGAAGCAAAUAGUGUGCUGGCGGACCAAGGAACUCGUUUUAAGUAUGACAAGAAGUAUAGAAAAGCUCUAGCCAAAGCAAGUAAAACUGUAAGCUGUUCUGUACCCAGAUAUCACAAAGGAAAGGCAACCUUGUAUCCGGAAUCAAAAGCAGGAAUGGCUGCUGAUGCUGGGCCUUCUAACACUGUAAAGAAAGAUAUUAAGCAUGGAAAUGGAGUAAGUAAGCAAGGAAUUGAGUCUUCCAGGUUUGAUCCGAGGUCUAAAGAUUUAGGACCUUCCAGAAAUAUGAAUAAAAAAAGAGGAAGGAGUUCAAGUUUCGAAUCCACUCAAAGUUCUAAGAGAGGAAAGAGAGCUACAGCUGAUUCUGAAGUGAACGGAUGUGAUCACCUUAGGAAAUCUUCAGGGAGCAAGCAGAAUCCUUCGUCCAGUGAAAAGCUAAAUCAUUAUGGUGGUCUUGUGAACCCUCCAAAAGGUCUGAGGCAGACCGGGUCAUCCAGUUUUCAAGGAAAGAAGUCGAAGAAUGCAGCUAAGAACUGUCGAAUACUUAAAAAUGAUAGGCCAACUGAUUCUGGAACCAAUUCAGUAGUUGCAUCCCCACCAAAGGUCAUUAAGGUUCCUGAUCCUGAAUUCAAUAAGUUUAGCCCUGUUAAAAAAAGCAUAACUGUUAAUCAAACAUGGGCGCUUUAUGAUGAGGUAGAUGGCAUGCCAAGGUUCUAUGCUCAUAUCAAGAAAGUGUACUCUUCAGGAUUUAAGGUGAAAAUCACCUGGCUCAUUCCCCACCCAGGUAACAAAGGUGAGGAGGCUUGGGUUAAAAAGGACUUGCCAGUUGCUUGUGGUAAGUUCAAACUUGGGCUCACUGAAGACAUCACAGAUCUUCUAAUGUUCUCUCAUCAGAUGCAUUGCACCAAAGGCAGUGCCAAAGCACCUUUCCUGGUAUACCCUAGGAAGGGUGAAACUUGGGCCCUGUUCAAGAAUUGGAACAUUGGAUGGAGCUCUGACCCUGCAAAGCACAAGCCAUUCGACUUUGAAUUUGUGGAAAUCCUGUCAGAUUUUUCAAAAUCUAUUGGCACUGAAGUAGUUUAUGUAGCCAAAGUCAAAGGCUUUUUGAGCAUGUUUAAGCGAAACAAGCAGCGUGGUGUCGUUUCCUUUCAAAUACCACCUCAUGAGCUUUACAGAUUCUCGCAUCGAAUUCCCUCUUUCAAGAUGUCUGGUGGCGAAAAGCGUGGUGUUCCGAAAGAUUCCUUUGAGUUUGAUCCGGCCUCUCUGCCCAGUGAUUAAACCAGCAGGGACCCAACAAUCACAAGUCUUAUUCCUAUUUACUCCCACUUUGUCCUUGGUAUUUUGGCAAAGGGAGGAUUUAAAGAGGUUGAGAGAGAGAGAGAGAGAGAGAGAGGUAGGUUAGAGACUGGUAGCCAUGGAUAUUGCUGGGAGGCUUGCCAGGAUUCAACAAGAGAUUGUUCAGGUCGAAAACGAGAAGCAGAACAGGGAGUACACUCUGGGUUUGUUCUGGGAACACUGGCCUUGUGCGGAUCCAAUUGAUAUCAGAGAUCGUAUUAAUUUCCUCAAGGCCCAAAUAAGCUCUCUGGACAACAGGAAGAAAGGGCUGCUUAAGCAACAGGCUGAGCUGUUUGUCACGGUGGCCCUCCUCCGUAAGCCAACCACCACUGAAGAAGAGGAGGAGGAGGAGGACGAGGAAGAAGAAGAAAAACAGGAAGAAGAGACUGGUAGGAGUUAAGAAGCUAUUAGUCUGCUUCAAGAUUUCAGUCCACCCUAUUUUAGUACUAUGUUUCUAUCAGAUUGGCUCUCUUUUCUUCUUCUUCUUCUUCUUCUUCUUCUUUCUUUUUUAUAUCUAAUUUGGUAUUUGGAAUUGGGAACAUGGGUUCGUUUCCACCUUUCCUUAUCAUCAUGAUGUAGCAAGAACCUGUUAAUGUAGAGUGUUUAGUGUAAUAAAUGAUGAAAAUGGUUGUUAAUCUGG